UUCCACUGCCCAUGUCCCUUAGAACAUGGAGGAAAUUAUGGCAUUUCACCAUCUUAAACUUAAACACACACUCUCUCUCUCUCUCUCUCUCUCUCUCUCUCUCUCUCUCAAACACCAUAAAGCCCCUCGUUUCACAACAAAACCCACUUCCUAGUCCUUCAGCCAACAAAACCAUGCUACACGCUAGUAAAUAAACAAGACCACCUCAAUCAUUGUGCUCCAUACACUUUACCCUUCUUGCAUGUCUUAAGGAGAAAGAAAGAUUCUCAUCCUUACAAAAAGCAACGAGUUCGGAAAAGAGGUAUUAUAAAGAGAUGGAGAUUGAGUCAGUGAAGUGCGAGUGUUGUGGCUUGAAGGAGGAUUGCACCCAAGACUACAUCACCCAAGUAAAGUCCAAGUUUGAUGGAAAAUGGUUAUGUGGGUUGUGCUCUGAAGCAGUGAGAGAUGAAGUGAGCUACGGAGAGAAAAAGGCAUCACCGGCUAUGGAUGAAGCUGUGAAGGCUCACAUGUCAUUCUGCCGCAAGUUCAAAUCAAACCCUGCGGUUAGAGUGGCUGAUGGGAUGAGACAGAUGCUGAGGAGAAGGUCUGGUGACUUGUCACAAUCCUCAUCUUCGUCAUCAAAGAAGUAUACAAGGUCAACCACCACUUCUCAAGUCGGAGAUUCUUCGAGUUUCCGUUUCUACUGACUCGUGCAGGGUGGGAACAGAGCAGAGGGAGAAGCAGAGGAUACUCUGCUUUUUGUUGGAAUAAAAGUUUAUAGGUUUAGCCUUAUGGGAUAAGUUCUUUCUUCUUGUCAUGUACAGGAAGUGUUAUUUCAUAUUAAGGGUCUUUUCUUCUGCUUUCUUUUUCUUUUUUUUUCUCCAACUGAUCUCUAGUUUAUAGUUUGGUAUUCCUAA